AUGAUGAUGAUGAAAAAAGAUGGUUCAAAACAAUCGGCAACGAUUCAAACAGUGAUUGAAACAUUCUAUAAGAAAAUUAAUAAAAAAAAUCUACAACGACGACAACAAUUAAUGUCAACAUCAAAUAUAAAUAUGAACAUGAACGAUAUGUUGUUUUCGUCAACAAAAUCAUUGAAUAAAGCAACUAUUGAUACUGCUGCACAAAAUCUAGCUAAUCGAAUGAAUCAUACAGCUAGACGUGAAACAUUGACACCCAUUCAGAUGCAACAACAACAACAACAACAACAACAGCAAAUGACCGGUACAUCAUCUUGUAUUGUAACAGCCAAUAAUGACAUACCACAAACAGAUUCUAUCAAUCAAUCGAAAUCAAACGUUAAUGCUCAUCAAUCUUCAUCAUCAAUCAGCAAUAAUAAUAAUGUCAAUAACAAAUCAUACAAUGAUUAUGAUAAUCGUUCAAGUUUAGGUGGUGCUCAUCGUACAAGAAAUUUGCGAAAUUUACCAGGAAACGGGAGCCAAUCAUCAAUGACCAAUAUUCGACAACGUUUAGUUAUGCAUAAACGUGUUCAUCUAGGUGAAAUACUUUAUCAUUGUGAUGUUGAAGGUUGUGGAUAUUUUUCCAAUUAUAAAGGCAACAUUAAAAUUCAUAAAAAACAUCGACAUCGUUCAACAACAAAUGAAGCACAAUCACAACAAAAUCAAACAAUGAAUGCAACAAAUACACAGCAACAAUCAACAUCAUCCUCGUAUAUGGAUGAUGUUGUUGAUAAUGGUAAUAAUGAUAAUACAUGCGAUUUAAUUAUGGAUAGUGAUCCAAUUGUACCAAAACGCCGUGGUCGUAAACGCAGCUAUUCCAACAUGAAUGAUGAUAAUAGUAAUGGUAAUAUUAGUAUGGAUGAUUCAAUUACAGCUGAAUUUGAUUAUGGUAUGGAUGAUGUUUCAUUAUUUGUUAAUGAUCAAUUUGGUACCGGUUCAGUUGAUAAUUGUAAUUACAAGACACGUUGGCGUCAAUGUAUUAUUGGACAUCAAUAUCUACAUGCUGGUAUUAAACCAUUCUGUUGUGAUUAUCCUGGUUGUAAAUUUCGAUCAAGUUUACGUACAAAUGUUGAUCUGAAUAUUUAUGAAAUUAUUAUUAUAUAA